GUCUCUUCGUCACUGCGGUGGUAAAGUGUCAGUUAGCUCCUUCAGUCCUGACCCAGCAGACUCUCUGUAUGUCUGGAUAAACCUCUGAAUGGACUUCUAGAGGUUCUCCUUUGGUUCUGGAUGUUGUUCCUCGGACUCAUCUCCCGCUACAAAGACAUUGAAGUUAGCUUAGCAUGCUAACAGCGCGAGUCCCAGUUUAAAGGAGAGGAAACGGGCUUUGUGACGGACUUUGUGUGGAGAAAACGUUUCUGUCGUUGGGGGGAAAUGUCUAAAGUCCAAAUGCUGAGAUGUUUCGUCAACCAGCGACUCACUGCGGCUGCGCAGGAGAUAUGUGGGCUGUUUGAAAGAACGAUAGCAGAGUACGAGGAGGAACUUUGUGCUUCUAGAGAGGAGAACGAGCGACACAGGAAACGACUGCACGUGGGCACAAACUACCACAUCCGGUCACAACGAGCAGACGUCCAGCAGCUGUUGGAGGUUCAAGAAGAGGUUCCCCUUGAGCAGCAGGACUGGAGCUCCAGUCUGGACCAAGAGGACCCAGAACCCCCCCACAUUAAAGAGGAACAGGAGGACCCAGAGCCCCCCCACAUUGAAGAAGACCAGGAGGACCCAGAGCCCCCACACAUUAAAGAGGAAGAGGAGGACCCAGAGCCCCCACACAUGGAAGAGGACCAGGGUCUGAAUAAUGAGUUUUAUGUCAGUGAUCCAACAUGUAGUUCUGGUGAGAAACCACUAGGCUGCUCUGAAUGUGGGGAAAGAUUUCUCACGGAAGAUUUGAGGAAACACAUGAAAAUCCACACAAGAGAGAGAACUUUAAGCUGUCAAGUCUGUAAGAAAACCUUUAAACACAGUGGAAGUGUCCAGAGACAUUUGCUAACUCACACACGAGAGAAACCCUUCAGCUGCUCCGUCUGUGAGAAAAGCUUUAGGCGCAAGUCACGUCUGAAGUUACACAUGAUGAUGCACACAGGAGAGAAACCCUUCAGCUGCUCACAGUGUGGGAGAGGCUUCACUGAAAGGGCAAGUCUAAAGAGACACAUGACGAUCCACACAGGAGAGAAACCGUUCAGCUGCUCCGUCUGUGAGAAGACUUUUAUCCACAGAGGGAAAUUGAAAGGACACAUGAUAACUCACACGGGAGAGAAACAGUUCAGCUGCUCCGUCUGCACAAAGUAUUAUACGCGGAUGGAACAUUUAAAGAGACACAUGUUAACUCACAGAGGAGAGAACUCCCUCUAGUGGUUCUGGUUGUGACUCCCUCACUUGGAAACAAGACCGUCAGAUCCUGGAGCUCCCUCUCAGUGACUCACUUCUAACUUGGAGGACUCUGUCCAUGAUCUGUCCCUUCAUCACGGGAUCGCUUGUUGCGUUGAAAAAGAUGCUUGUAAUUGUAUAAUAGAUGUUUUUUCCUUUUACAAUGGAAUAUGAUCAGCAUAUUUAAGGCAAUAAACUUCUCUUUCUAAAGA